AUGGAUGAUGAGGGGAGUGCUGAUGAGGAUGACAAUCUACCCUCCAUAGAUGACCGGGACAUUGAUACUGAAGAGGAGGCCUCUGCCCGGGCGCUCUAUGAUGCCAAAGAGAAGUAUAGAGAGCUUAUUGGACGACGUGUUCUAGAUGAAGCCCGGCGCCGCUAUCCAGAAGGCAUACAACGGCAGCCUCGAGAAGUUGAGACUUCAGAUUUGGAAGCAGCAUUAGAGCAUGCCAUGAGAGCUGCAGACUAUCCUGUAGACAUCAUCCUGAAUAUUCGCAUCAACAAGAAGCCAUAUGUGAAGAAGAGCUUGCCUAAUAGCCAGCGCCGUUCCUUCAAUAUGGAGGAUGUUUAA